AUUGAGGGAAUGGUGGUAAUGGUGGUGAUGGAUUGAAUGGUGGUAAUGAGGUGGCAGAGAUUGAGGAAGAGGGGGAUCAAGGUAAUGAUGAUGAUGAGGAUGAGGAUUGAAAUGGUGGUGGUAGCAGUGAUGAAGAGCGGGAUGAGGAUGAUGGUAAUGAUGGAAAUGGUAAGGAAAGAAAUGAUGGUAGUAGCGGUGAUGAUGAGGAGGAGGAGGAGAUUCAGGAGGAUGAGGAGGAUGUUGCGCAACCACAGCCACAGCCGAAGCCGAAGGAGAAAUUCCCAAAUAAACCAAGCGCGCGACACAUUCCACCCAUGCGUUUGAAGCUUACUCGUCUACCCGGUGGGAAAGCCAGAGGUGAACCUAAAGAUGGUGGCAAAGUUCUAUUCGGAUAUGAUAGAUCGUGGGCACGUACCAUCAAUGAGACAAUUGAUCAUAAGAAUGCCACACGUCUUUUUAGACACCAAUAUUCUUAUGCAAAAAUGAAAAAAUGGCCCUUAGAAGGUGAAUGUCCAAGAGUGAGAGCCAUUGUUGAAAACUCAUGUUUGUAUGUUGUCAUUCAAAACUCUGUGAUUGCAUAUGACAAGGCUGCAGUAUCAUGUUUUACAGAGAGGUUUUAUGGAAAAUUCGAUACAUUCCAAUUCCCUUUUGGCGAGAUGGCAUUGAUUCCCGAAGACGCAUAACAGAUUCUAGGAUUGCAGAUUGAGGGAAAAUCCACGGAUGACAAGUUCAAGAAAAACCUAGAUUGGAAAAAAAAUUUAUGAAUUGACAGGGAAGUUGUUUGGAUGGGAUGAAAAGAAGACGUAUGGACUCUUUGUGAUGGGAAAGAAGUACCCAAAGAAAGAGUUUAAACUUAUUGACAUUAGAAAGAUGUAUGCGGGGUCACUUGAGAAAGACGGAGACAAUGAACAACUCUCCGAUUUUGAAGUUCGUGCGACGGCAUACGCAUACUUGUUGUAUGUCUUUGCUUCGGUUAUAUUUCCCGAUAACAAAGUAAACAGAGUCAGCGCCAACCUUCUUCAACUUUUGGAUCCCUUGGAGGAUGUGAGUAAGUAUUCUUGGGGGAAUGCCAUAAUAGCACAUUUGAACGCUCAGCUAGAAAUGGCAUCCCGAGAAAGAACAUCUCAAAUGAACGGGAAUUUGGUUUUACUUCAGGUGUGGGUUUACGAGCAUUUCCCCUCAUUGUUCAAAGGCGAUGAAGACAUCCAGUUGCAGCCAACAUGGAACAAUACUAAACCAAGAGGAACCCGAUACAAUUACACUGGAAGUCAGGAUAAGGAGGAAGCGCAGAAGUUGAAGUUGUUAGCCAUGCGCCAAAAAUUGGACAACAUGAUAGCCAAAGAGGUAACCUUUGAUCCCUACAAGGAAGAUAGAGUAGGAGGAUUGGAAGAUCUUGCAUAUUACCAUGGCCCUCUGUUUUACCCUUGUGGAUACUCAAUGUACAAUCCGCACAGAGUAAUGCGUCAUCUUGGGUAUAUUCAAGAUUCACCCGAUGAGUAUUAUGUACCACCGUUCAAAUAUAAAUUAAAGAAAUGCAAGGCGGACAAAAAGGCGUUGGUUGUUGCUUACGAACCUGAGCCUAAGACUAAGCAUUGGAAUAAUAGGCAUUUGGGUAGUAGGGUGGAAAUAUCUUGGUGGGAUCAUGUUAAUGAAGGUCAUGAGGUAAGCGGUGAUUACAUUCCAUGGUAUGAAGGCUUCUCCCACGGUCGAGUGAUAAGGAUUGAUCAGACUACGGGUAGGAGGAGCAACAAAGCAUCUUCCGCUGCUUCUACAGUCGACACUAGAGAUGACUCUUCCAUUCUUAAGCUUGUGGCAAGUAAUUAUUUUUCGAAUUGUAUUAAUCAUUUACAUACAGUUUUAAUUAUGUUAAUCUUAUCGGUAUUUGAAUGAAAAUAGAGGGAACGGGUGAAGAUUUUUAUGAAGUCAUUUUGUUGCAAAGCCGACAAUGGAGAAGUGAUGGAACCUGAGCAAAGUCGCAUGUACGCUGAGUACUGCCAACACAUUGAAAAUCCACAAUCAAAGAAAAUGUUCGCUGAUCUGGAAAAGCAAUGCAAGAGGACAAGGAGAACAUCUAGGCAACUAACACAAGAACGUGCUCAAAAGGGAGAUGGUGAUGAUCAAGGUAGUGGAGAAGAAGGUGGUUCUCAAAGGGGAAUUCGUCGACAGGGUCCUUCAAAGAAAAGUCGUACAUCAUCAAGUCAGGGAAGUCAGAGAGGUCGACGCGGAGGUCGAGGUCGAGGUGGUAAUAGUGGGUUAGAAGAACUUAUGUCUAGAACUUUAAAGUGUAUGAUUUAACAUCUAGAAUUUAUGUCUUUUA